CGACCUUUCCCACUUUCUCUUUUGGCAAAGCCCACCGCGCCAAAGCUUCUUCUCCGCCACAAAAACCCUCGUGUAGGGUUAGCGUUAGGGUAGGGUGUUUUUUGCUCGUUAGUAAAACCGUUUUUGCUUGGGGCUGUGGUUUCUUUGUGGUUCUUGAAGUGUUCUCUGGGGUUCUCUGUGGAAUUUCGAAUUGUUGUGUCUGGAUCUGGAUCUGUGAGGUUCACCGAUGGAUACUCGUAAGAGAGGGAGGACUGAAGCUGGGUUGAACGCUAAUGGCGGCUUCAAAAAGUCCAAGCAAGAAAUGGACUCAACUGGUGUAGGAAGCAAAUCGAAGCCAUGCACCAAGUUUUUCAGCACUGCCGGCUGUCCCUUUGGUGAGAGCUGCCACUUUCUGCAUUUUGUUCCCGGUGGUUAUAAUGCUGUGGCCCAGAUGAUGAAUCUUGCCCCGGCCGUUCCUUCAGCAUCUAGAAACAUGUCUGGGCCACCAGCCACCCCUAAUGGCUCUACACCUUCAGUUAAAACUCGCUUGUGCAACAAGUAUAAUACUGCUGAAGGCUGCAAAUUUGGUGACAAAUGCUAUUUCGCUCAUAAUGAGUGGGAACUUGGUAAGCCUAUCGCUCCAUCCCAUGAGGAUCCGCGUGCCAUGGGACAUAUGCAAGGCCGAAUGGGUGCUCGUAUGGAGCCACCCCCACCAGGCCCUGCUGCUAGCUUUGGUGCCUCAGCUACUGCAAAAAUCAGUGUUGAUGCUUCGCUUGCUGGAGCCAUCAUCGGGAAGGGCGGUGUGAAUUCCAAGCAGAUAUGUCGGCAGACAGGAGCCAAGCUUUCAAUUCGAGAACACGAGUCUGAUCCUAAUCUAAGGAACAUUGAACUUGAGGGGACUUUUGAACAGAUCAAGGAAGCAAGUGCCAUGGUGAGACAGCUAAUCGUGACCGUUUCAGUCUCUGGCCCUCCAAAAUCCCAUGGAAUGCCUGGGGCAGCGGCUUCACCAGGAAGCAACUAUAAGACUAAGCUGUGUGAAAAUUUUACUAAAGGAUCCUGCACUUUUGGAGAAAGAUGUCACUUUGCUCAUGGUGGUGCUGAAUUGCGUAAGGCAGGAGUUUGAAGACUUAGUUUGUGGUUUUCCCUUUAGUAGUUCAUGGAAUUUUAGCUGUUAUGCAGUGUUGUAUUAGUGGGAGGUCUGUUUUGAAUUGUCGUUAUUGAAUGCAACAUAGUGGAUUUGAUGAGGUUAUGACAUCUGAAUUUUUGGGAUU